AUGGAACAGCACGUCCCAGACAGAAACAACAACACAAGACUGCCAGGCUGCAAAGAGGGUGGGCCAGAGGAAGAGGAGGAGGCGGAGGAGGAGAGGGUGGGCCGGGAGGCGGCCCGGCCCUGCCCGGCGCCUCAGGCCGGGCCCUCCGUGCUGCCCGGCCCGGGAGCUGCCCGGGCCGAGGCGGCCGCGGGGCUUUCCCGGCCGCAGCGCCCAGCUCUGCCUGCACCUCUGGCGAAAGCAGGGAAGGGAGGGGAGGGAGCAGAGCAGAGGCUUUCACAUCCUCAAACCCCAGGGAAACAUCUGCUGUUGCCGCAGAGAACGAAAGCAGUUCUUUAUGUCAAGGAAUCAAGAAUGAUCCACAGGAAUCCUGAAGCAAAAAUCUUGGAGAAAGAGGAUCAAAUUGCAUCUUUUAAGUUUACUGCAUACAGGGAAAAUAGAAGAGAAUUACUGUUUUCUGAUGGACCUGAAAGACAGGAAAGUGCCUUUGGAAAGUCCUCAACUGCCUCGCCAGUUGAACCAGUUCACAAUGAUCACCAAGGGUAUCCAAGUCCAUUGAAGAAGAUGUGUACAUCUGGUAUGAGGGAUCUUGCGAGCAAUCAUGGUUUUGCCAGCUUUGAAGAGAACAGUAAUUAUUUCCUUAAAUUCUAUCUAUUCACCCCUCCAGUAGGGGCAAAUUAUCCUUUAUUUCCACACCAGUAUGUUGUGCCUUUAACAGAUCUCUGCUCAGGUUUUGUGAAUCCAGCAGCAGGAGCUGAACAGCAGCCCAGUGUUGGAAGAGAAGUGUCCCUGGCAGGCUACAGCCAUAGGGAACCUCACCAGCGUCCCCAUCACAGCCUGACCACAGAGACCUCCUGGAGGAAACCAGCCAGGACAGAAGGGGGAAGUCCAGGGUAUGACUCAGAGAUAAAAUAUUACAGAUUUCAGACAACAUCUUUUACCUCUCCACAGAGAUCUGGUGUUUUCUGUGUUGGUGCAGUAAAUUUUGAAGGCAGUGCUGGUAUAGACUUAGUCCUACUUAACCAUGUUCAAACUUUGAAACCUCACUACAAAUGCACUGAACACACUCCAAAUAUUCCUGGAUGCACUGGCAAGGUUCAUUGGUCAGCAACUCACCCAUCAAAUUCUAAUCUUCCAUCAACAGCCCCAUCAGUAAUUGCAGGAAUGCAUGGAUACAUUGCAAAACAUGGAAGUUGACUCAGUAGAAGCACCUGGGAUUUUUUCUCAGCUCCAGUUGGUCCUCAGAUUUCUUUCAAAGCAGAAUAAAAAAACUAUUACAAUUUAGAGAAUGCCAGUCCUUUUUACCUGCAUAACUGAGAGCCUCAGUGUCUGACAGUGAAGAGGAAGGAAAUGUAUGAAGAUGUGCAGACACUUUAAAUACAGAACAAAAAUAAAAUAUUACAGAAGUGGGUGUUUGUGGUAAUCCUUAUUGCAUUAUUCUCAUAUUUAUGACUUACUAACAUUGACAGUUAAAACCAUAUUAAGAACAAGAAGAGACACAAUUCAAAGUCUUGAAACUUGUCUGUACUAGAUUGCCUUGUUAAGUAUGGUUGAAAAUGAUGCCGUAGCUGUUCCAUACAUUGACAUGAACAUUUUGUGUAUGCACACAGACACAAAAAUGUGGACACACAUAUGUGAAUGUAUUAUUAACUAUUAAAUCAUUACAGGUCAGCAGCCCUUCUCAAGCUGUUCUGAGUGUGCCUUGCAAAGAUGGUUAAAUGUCAUAGAAUGAGAUUUUAACCUUUAACUGGCUUUGUUUGUAAUGAAUAAAAGGAGCCAAGUUGUGU